UCGGUCAGUGCUUUCAAGUUAUUCGGGAACACAAUAGAAGCGAUGACGUCAAUCAGUAGGAAAAAAACCUUGCAAUCGUCAACCAAAUCAGUUCAUUCACGGCGUGAAAAUAAAAUGAAUAAUAAUAAUAAUCAAAACUAAUAAACCAUAAAGAUGAGUUCAAGUGCUUUUGGUUCAGUAUUCUGAGGACCUCGAAGCAAGCAGGACACUACUAGAUUCGGAUUUGGGAUCCUAUUAAUUUCUGAACUCCUUGUAGUUGAUAAAAGUAAAAAAAGAUGAUGAUGAACUUGAACGUUUUUGGAAGUAUUUGUAUUCUACUUGUUCUCUURGCGACUGUUUCUGCGCAGAAUACAACAACGACAGCAGCAUCAAACACAACCGCAGCAGCAACAACAACAGCAGCAACAACAACAGCCGCAGCACCAAACACAACCGCAGCACCAAACACAACCGCAGCACCAAACACAACCGCAGCACCAAACACAACCGCAGCAUCAACAACAACCGCAGCACCAACAACAGCCGCAACAGGAGCAACAACAGCAGCAACAACAACAGCAACUAAAUCAAGUAAGUUUGACAACCUGGAAAUCUUUAACAUUUAUCAUUUUCAUAUUUCAAAAUUUAAAACCAUCAUUAUACUUUUACCCCUGCUGACUGUGAUAUAUAUAACAUAUAAAGCUAAGACCGAAAUGAUAAUGGGAAGUACGUUAAUUAUCUAGAGAUACAUCACGUGGAAUGUUCAUAAAUUGUGCACUGACAGAAAACAUGAAGGAUUUUAACACGUUUCAUAUCGACUAMAUACACUUAUUUCAAUAAAGUUAGUCACCAAAAACCUAGAAAGCUGAGAUCAGUGAGCAUCAUGGGAAGCUUUUCA